AUGGAUAGGUUUGUCACAAGAACGAAUAUUGGGCAACCAAGUUCUAGUUCUACUAAUCCAUCUAUUGCUUCAUCCAUAGCUUCGGAAAUUCAGAGGGACACAUUUCUUUCUGAUCUUGAUUUAGAAUCUCCCAACGCUGAUCCGGGAGAUAGAAAGCCUAUUACAGAAUACAACCCUAAUAUACGUGAUGAAGUUAGAAGACAUUAUAUUCAAAAAAGCCUUGUCAGCCUGCGAAUCAUGACUUUUUCUAAAACUAAGUUUGGGAGGAUAAUGCGUCAGUUUUGUCCUGGUUGGUUUAAGGGUCAACAUUCUAAGUGGUUGGAGUACAGUAUAUCAAAAGAUGCUGUAUAUUGUUUGUGUUGUUAUUUGUUCAAAAAUGAACAUGAAAGUCAUGGAAUUACGAGAGAUGCUUUUACAAAAAAUGGCUUUAAAGCUUGGAACAAGGCUAUUGAAAGAUUUAAAGCUCAUGUUGGUGAAAUAAAUAGCAUCCACAACAAGUGUUUCAAUAGGAUGCUUGAUUUAAUGAAUCAAUCACAAUCAAUUCGCACUUCUUUUGACAAAUAG